UGACAAUGCUUCAGGGUCCUCUCCGACUCACUCAUUUUGGCAGUUCCCAUCACCUCAGAUUGAUUGUUUUCCAAGGCUUCUCAAACAAUAUAAGAACGUCCUGGGCUCCCAUCCCUGCACAUUGCAUUCAGGUAUACUGGCAGAUAAGACAACGAAAGCAACAAGUCGUCUGCAGCAAUGGGUUCCAUCGGUAUUCAACAAGAACAAUUGUACGACGUCCUUAUCAUUGGCGCUGGUCUUUCAGGCCUCUGCAGUCUCUACCACAUCCGCCAGCGCUUUCCAGACUGGCGGGUUAAGAUCUUGGAAGCGGGCGACGAUGUAGGUGGUACCUGGUACUGGAACCGUUACCCAGGGGCUCGUUUCGACUCCGAGUCCGUCUCAUAUGGCUUUUCCUUCGACAAGGAGCUCUUGAAGGAAUGGCACUGGAAAGAAACCUUCUCACCACAACCCGAGACCCUGAAAUACAUUCAGCGGGUCGCCGAGAAGAAUGACCUUCGCAAGGAUAUCCAGUUCAACACGCGCGUCAAGUCGGCCGUCUGGGACGACGCUACUCAUACGUGGGUGCUCAUGGACGAAGCUGGAAACGUUUACCGGACCACCUUUUUCGUCAGCUGCCUCGGUUUUCUGUCCCUACCGACCCUUCCCAAGAUCCCAGGACUCUCAUCAUUCGAAGGCGAGAAAUUCCAUACAGCCCAAUGGCCCAAGGAUUUUGACCUGAAGCGCGACUUUGCCAAUAAAAGAAUUGGUGUCAUCGGCACGGGCGCCACGGGCAUCCAAACCAUCACUGAAAUUGCCAAAGAGCCAAGCAUCAAAUCACUCACUGUCUUCCAACGUACGGCCAACUGGUCCGCGCCGCUGCGUAACUCGCCGAUCACAGAAGAGCAAAUGGAAGAACUGAAAGCCAAAUACGACGAAAUAUUUGCGCGCUGCGCCGCCACCCCCAUGGGAUUUCUCCACAAAGCCGACCCGCGGAAAUCGGCCGAGGUCAGCCCAGAAGAGCGGCGUAAGCUUUGGGAGGAGAUCUACGCACAGCCAGGCUUCACGAAAUGGCUGGGAGCAUUCAGCGACACCUUUACGGACCGUGAAGCCAACAAGCUCUAUUCGGACUUCAUGGCCGAGAAGAUCCGGGAGCGGGUGAAGGACCCAAAGGUGGCGGAGAAACUGAUUCCCAAAAACCACGGAUUCGGCACGCGUCGUGUACCGCUUGAGAGCGGUUACUUUGAGUCAUACAACAAGGAGAACGUCCAUCUCGUUGAUCUUCAGGAGACUCCGAUCCGAGAAGUGACUCCCAAGGGAAUCGUCACUUCGGACGGCAAAGAGCACGAACUGGACGUUCUUAUCUUCGCCACCGGAUUCAACGCCAUCACCGGUGCGUUCAGCGCCAUCGAAUGGUCCGUUAAAGGCGGUCGCCCACUUAUCGGCACCAGCGAAACCGAAAAAGGCCGCAAUGCCGUGUGGGUGGACCAUAGACCAAAGACGUUCCUGGGCAUCACUGUACCUUCGGUGCCUAAUAUGUUCAUGGUCCUCGGGCCACACCAGCCUUUUGGAAAUGCCACACGAAACAUCGAGCAUGCUGUCCAGGUCGUUACGGACCUCUUGCAAUAUUGCAAGGACAACGGAUACACUUCCGUCGAACCGUCACAGGAAGCGGUUGAACAGUGGACCGAGCAUGUGGUUGAGUGCAGCAAAGGUUCGUUGGCGAAUGAGGUCGACAGUUGGAUGACGGGUGUCAACACCAAUGUCGCAGGAAAGCAGACAAGGAGUGUGGCAAGAUAUGGUGGAAGUGCGAUCGAAUUCCGAAGGAGAUGUCGUGAAUGUAAAGAGCAUAACUGGGAGGGGUUGGUGUUUGCUUGAAGGACUUGCCUUGGAUAUAGUACCAGCAUUCCUCUUAUGACGUCUAGACAUCUUGAAUUGAAGCUAUUUUGUCAG